UCUUUAUUUAGUUUAUUUCACAGUCUCGUGUGUUUCAAUCACGGAUGGAGGUGACUGUAUAAUGUAAUAUAAUAACGAUCUCUCUCUUUCAUAUUUAUGCAAUGGGGUUUCAUUUUCUUUUCCUUUUCCUGUGCUGUGUUAUAAUACAACCUAUUGUAUCUGAAAGACUCCAUGGGCAAAUAUACUCCUCCAUAGAAGGUGGUGCAGCAUGUUUCAGGCGACUAAAUGGGACUCAUCAAGCUGGAUGCUCAUCAUCAAACAAAGGAGCUAUUGGGGUUGUGCAUAUGGUUAAGGAUGUGACUGACGCCCAGUGGCUGGUGUUCAAUGGCAGCGCAGGCCCUUACAUGGCUGUGGUCAGUACAGCCACAUUUCAGAAUGUAGUUGAAUUACUUAUGGAUCAUUCAGAUAAUGUGGCUGGAAUACUUCUCUAUGAAAAUGCUACAGAGAGGACCAAUUCCUUUAGUCAAGAAUCUGCAUGCCCUAAUGAAUUCUAUUCAGCUCAGGGCAGCCAAUGCUCUGCAAAAGAUAAGUCUGCGUGGAACCCUGUUGGCACGGGCCUCAUCCGACUGGACAUACCCUUCCCUAUAUUUUACUUGCCAGCUGCACGGUUAGAGGAGAUUGUAAAAAUUCGACAAUGUUAUGAAAGGUACAACCUUGAUCUGGAGUCACAAGUAGGAAAACCCUUAUGCUCCAUUCAGUUGAAUUCAUUCAUGUGGGCCGCAGUAAGCAGUAUUGUAUGUAGGAGGAGAUCGGCAGCAAGUGCGCUUUUAACUGCCACUAAAGUAUGCGACCCAUUAGGAGACAAUAAUGUGUACUAUUCGCUAUUUCCUCGAGACAAGGGCCAACAAAAGAAAAAGAAUGUUAUUCUAGUAACGGCUAGAAUCGAUACCGCGUCUCUCUUCGACGGUAUAGCACCUGGAGCUGCUAGCUCAGUGGUCGGGAUGGUGACACUCAUGUCGACCGCCACCACUCUCAGCAAGAUCAUACCUGCAACCGACGCCUCCAAGUACGGCAUAAAUGUCCUCUGGACGCUGUUGAACGGUGAAGCGUUCGACUACAUCGGUUCUCAGCGCGUCGCGUUCGACCUGGCGCGCGGCGCGUGGCCGCCCGACGCGCCGCUCGCGCCGUCCGACAUCGCCCUGCACGUCGAGAUCGGACAGAUCGGGGGCUCGCUGCCUGGCCUGAAGGAUACAGAGGAUUGGCCGCUCUACGCAUAUGCGCCCGAGGACCCUGGCACUUUGUUUAAUAUAACAAAUUUCCUAAAGGAUCUGAAGGAAUACCUGACCAAGAACAACAUUACAGUGACGGAGGCAUUCUCGAACAAUCUGCCGCCUUCCUCGCUGCAUUCAUUCCGGCGGUUACUGCGCAACGCGACAAGCGAACUGCCCGAAUUACUGCUCGCCGACCAUAAUGGGCCAUUCACUAAUAUGUUCUACAACUCGGCAAUGGACGACUAUGAGAAGAUUAACUACAGAUAUCACAAUAUAACUAUUGGAACGGACGGGACUUUUGUACCAACGGAAACGCUAGUGGUCACCGGCAACAUGACGGCGAGGGACCUCCAAGUGAAGAUAUCUCGCGUGGCCACCGCGCUCGCGCACACGCUGUACCAGCAGGUCACGGGCGAGGCUUACGCCGGUGACGUCACGGCUUCUGCACAUUUGGUGGACGAGCUCCUGUACUGUUUCAUCGAAGACAAACUGUGCAAACUCCUAUCUGCGGCCGACUACGGCGGUCAGACGCCGCCGGCGCCGGGCGAGGAGCCGCCGCGCCCAGCGCCCCUGUACGUGGGCGUGGCCACCUACCUGUCCAGCGCUACUGCCUUUGCGGGCCACCUGAUGGCGCUACUCGCGGGCCAGCACCUGUCGCUCAACAGGACCGAGUGCGACGCUGCCGUCAGCUCGGAUUUCUCGUACUAUUGGCUCCGUGGCUGGAACCACAGUGGUGUUUGCAUAGAAACGAACAUGAAUUUCAGUGAAGCUAUUAGUCCCGCCUUCAUUGUUCCAGAGUACGACUUCACCUCCGGCGAGUACUCGACGUGGACCGAGUCUGUGUGGCAGGCGAUGUGGGCGCGCGUGUUCGUGUCGGCGGGCGGCGGCGGCGCGGCGGCCGCGCUCGCCGCCGGCCUACUGCUCACCGUGUUCACCGCCUUACUCACCUACUGGCUGCAGCGGAACGUGCACCACGUGUUUGUAAACGCGCCCCAUCCUUCCAUUCAUAGCACUGAUGCUGUGCCUGGAAUACUUCGCACUGUGAACUGUUAAUCAGCGGCGGCGGCAGCGACGAAGCGUAGUGAAAAAGCUGUUCCACCACACUCUACAAGCAUUCCAUGCGAAAUUAGUAUUAUAUUUAGUACCAUCCUUCUUAUUCACU